UCGCGUUCGGGACGUCUGCUCGCUCUGUUUUCAUUCGUUUAGUUGAGUGUUAUUAUACUUGCAGUGUUUUAUCAUUAACAAGUUUAAUCUAUAAUAAAAACCCACGUUAACAGCGUGCUGUAUAGGAGCGUCGCGAGUGGUUGAGCUUUCGGAUCAGUUGCCUCCAACUACGUCACUGCGUUUAUGGAUUAUCGGAGUCGAGAUGGGGCACGGAUCGUCGAGUCGCUCGGCCUCGUCGAACAUGCUGUCGGCGGACGAGCAGACCCUGGUCGAGAACCUGUUCAAGUCGAUGUCGCGGAGUUCGGGCUCAAUAAAGCGCGAGGACAUAUUUAAGCACUGGUCCGCCCACCUGGACGACGCGCUUCUGCAAUUUGUCGUGCGUUUUCUGUGCCACGAGCCCGGUAAGCGCGUGUCAGCCGUCAACGGCGACAAUUUCGGCAAAUUGUACGUGUACACGGUGCGAGGUAGCUCGGACGAGCGGACGAAUCUUAUAUUCCGGGGCUUCUCCGAGGAGGAGCCCAAGAAUGACGUACCGACCGCCACGUUUCUGCAGUACCUCCAGGCGACCAUCAACUCCUACCUGACCCUGCAGAAAAACUGCGCCAACGCGCACUUCAUGUCGUGGAGCAGCAUCGGCUGUACCGUCAACAAGAGAAGGAUAAACAUGAGGUCGCGCACCCUUUGCGAGGACCUGGUCAAGCUAGGGGACACCCUCACCUACGACCAGGUGGAAAUGUGGUUUAGGCAAGCAGACACCUUCAUGAACAUCCAGUCGCACGUGUUCCAGUGUCUCUUCCUCGUCUCCCAGAAAAAGGGUGACAAGAACACCUCGGUGAGGAUCAACGAUCUCAACCUGUUGCCACUCUGCAGGGGCUUGGAGAACAUACCCCACUUCCCGAGCAUACUGGGACUCGGCGACGUGCUGUUUUUAAAUCUCAGUUUGCCACACGAGUUGCGGAACGAGUGGCGUUUUCUCUUCUCCAGCCAAGUGCACGGGGAGUCCUUUUCCACGAUGCUCGGGAGGAUAACGGUGCAGGGGGCGACGAUUAUCAUACUCCAGGACGAGGAGGACCACGUGUUUGGGGGCUUCGCCUCGGACAAUUGGACAUUAUCGCCGAACUUUGCCGGCAACCAGACGUGUUUUUUGUUCAGGCUGGAGCCGCACAUCGAGACGUUCCCCUCGACCGGCUAUAACGACCACUACCAGUACCUCAAUUUGCACCAACAAACCAUGCCCAACGGACUGCUGAUGGGUGGCCAGCUCAACUAUCCUGGAUUGUGGCUGGACAGCGAGUACGGGAGCGGGAAGACUAGCAAGUCGUGCACGACUUUUCAAAAUUACGCGCAACUCAGUGGCAAGGAUGACUUUAGGGUGAAGCACUGCGAGGUCUGGGGCGUGGGGCCCGUCCCGGAGAUCAUCGAGAGAGAGAGGGACUCGGUUCUGGAUCAAGACCCCACGUCCCAGGUUUUACUGGAACUGGCUGGGAAGAAGAUGCACAGCGACGGAUUGCGAGAAAAGAAAAAGUGAAGCAGGCCGGUCGAUAAUCUUACUUGGACCAAGUAUUUUUUUUUUUUUUUCUUUUUAUUUUCGUUCUCCGCAAUUCCUUAUUUGGUGUACAAAUAUAUUAAUUUAUUACAAUGCCUAUCCUGCACUAGUCAGCUCGUACUAAUUGUGUUUUAAAAUAUACUGAGUCUUGCUACUCAAUACAUACAUUUUAAUUUUUCACAAAAAGUCUGAGCUAAUUUGUCGCGACGAAAGACUUCAGCCAUAAGUUUAUCCAUAAGUUAUCGAUUGCACGCAGAUACGAUAGUUUUUUAUCGACACCUGGUUAUCCGUUUGAUCACCAAAACAAGAGUACAGAGAGAUAAUGAUUAUGAUAUAAUCGAUAGCAUCGAGGCGGAAAGAAAAAGAUAAAGCUCGACGAGCAUGUCGCGGUUGUACGAUGCUAUAAUUAUAUCGGUGUGAUAUUCCUACACGCAGCGCGGCGAUGAGUAGUGUCGAUGACUCCGUGGGCCGUGAAAAAAGAGUUAAUUUUUUUUAUUGGGUGCAACAAAUUACCGUAUGAGCUUCGAUUUACGAAAAAUAUAUAUAUACAUAUAUGUUUAAAGCAACUAUCGAAACAUGUAAACGAAUUUUUCGGGUCGAUGUUUUUUUAGCAAAUCUGGCGAGGUGAAACUUGAAAAGCCGAUUAUUUUUAUUCCCCUUUCUUUCUAACAAAAGUAUUUAAGAAAAUGUAUUGUAUAAUCGUGGAACUCUAUUUUUGCUGUUUUUACGUAUAAUAUGUAUAUAUAGUAGCUCUGAAAGGACAGCGUGAGAUUGAUUUUAUCGUGUACUUUCUAUAGAUGUGUGUGACUCAAAGUACCUAACGUGAACGUGUGUUUUCAAGAUCUAAAAAGACCAAUCAAUUGAGAAAAAAAAACUACUUAGUUAGACGAACAAAGAAAAAAAGACUAUUGUAAAUACAAAGUCAUUGUGAAGUAUCUUCACCACGUAGUUAGUAUUUUCUGCCAACUAGAUUAAUUUAAA